AUGCAGCACCACCAGUUGUCGACGUUCCUUUCGCAAAGGCGCAAUGCUGCGGCGGAUGCUCCUGGAAGAGACGAGGACUUGGUACCUGACGAAUAUUUCGAUCAUCUUCCGCAGGACCCCGAUGCUACACAACAGCAACAUCAACCAGUAGCAGCGCAGAUUUCUUCUCGUCCCUUAUUCAUAAUCAAACGAUGCCCUCCCUAUGGAAAGCUUAACGUGUGCAGCCCCAUGAUAUUCCUAGAUGAAAACACUGUGCGAGUCCGUAGACGCAUUGCUCUCCGCCAAAAGCAUGAUGAAUCAGAGAACGCUGACCUUCGGUACAUUCCUACACAGACGCGCAUCCCUUGUCCUGCUGGUCUAUUGCCUGUAUGGAUAACAGUCGAGAGAACGGAACGAAUGGGCGUCGCUGCCCCCAAACUAAUUGUUAUUCUCGGGUUGGCACCACAGCGUGCCCUGAUUGCAUCACACAGAAUAGCUUCGCCUAUCGACGUGGUAAUUACUGGACUUGCGGUGGUUGCGAGUCGCAGGCUUCUUCAGCUAGUGGGAUUCUCACAUGCCCUGGGUGUCACGCUGUGCAAACAUGUGGAUUUCUGUCGCGACUGCAUCAAGGACGCAAAGGACAUAGACGUGAGACGCGCCGUUUUGGUGCGGCAGAGCUGCAAAGGUCUCCUAUGCAAGACAUACGCUGGUAUGGGUGAGAAAUUUGCUGCAGAUGCGACCGAAGCCUUUCCAACCUUUGUACAAACGAAGGAGACGAUAGUGAUAUUAUCUGGUUCCAUCGAGGCUGCCUCCUCGUUUAUUUCGAUGCCGCAUAGUCUGAUGCACCAUCCUCUAUGGCGUCCAUUGCAACUCGAUGAGUUAACUGAAAUGCAGGAACAUGUAAGCGUAACGUGCGGUCCGGUCGGAUGGAGGAAGUAUCAGAACGGAGGGUCGAAAUCUCGCGAGGAAGGAGGCCUGCGCACUAGUUAUAGACAAAAUAUUGCGGGCAGCUACGUCAAGGCAAGGUCCAACAUUUUCAAACCCAGCUUCGUAGCCUACUAA